UUGAACUCUCUUCCACCGCAAGCGGCCUUUAUUUUUUCUUUCCAUUUCAUCCGCCAUCCCAUCCAUCACUGUCCUUUGCUUGCUGUCCCUUUCUACUCCACCGACACCACUCCCCUCGAUCGUCCCUGAAUCACCGACAAUCCCUGCGUUCAACAUGGCGGUCAAGGCGAAGAAAAGGAGACUGUCGAUUGCCGCCAGAAGAGAUCAUGAAGGGAAAAACCAACAGACAAAGGUCGAGGCUGAGCUGGAACGUCAGGAGGAAGAGAUGCUCGCCGUUGCUCGACUCCUGAAGCAGGUGGAUAAGGCCGAGGCAGUGACAGUCGCCAAACAAAUCCUGACCGCCACGACUAUCGCGUCAAAAAUGGAUGAGGAUGCCCAGAGUUCAGGGAUGAAUGGCAGCUCGAUGAUGGUAUUAAAUGGAUCAGCUACAAAAGCAAAUGGGGCCGCAGAUCGUACGCGCUCUAAGUCAGCACAUUCAAGGAAUGGUGUUCAGGAACGGGAAACUGUCGCCAUGGUUACACCACCAUCUGAUCGCGAAAUCCGUACUGUCGACUUGGGUAAGUCCGCAAUGCCCGCACAUAUGCUAUCCACUCAAUUACUGCAUCAUCGAAACAGACUCGCUAAUGUAACAUCCGAAACGUGAGAUGCGAUAGAAUACAAUGCCAUACGGUCCUCAUCAACAGUAUCCCACCCAAACACUGUGAACGCGGACGCCAACAGCAGGAUAUCAACAGAUCAAAGGAGUCUGUCGCCAGAGGAGCACAAGGGUGA